AUGCCGGGACACGAAGAUUGCUGUUCCGGAAGGGCCUUGAAAGCCCUUCGAAUGCUGUGCCGCGCCCUGCCGCGGGCAGACCUGCCUGGUGCCAAGCAGGCGACACCUCUCAACUUGAACAGAUAUGUUCUCCUCUUCCUUUACAUGCUCCAGACGUUUAUGACUGGCUGCGUAUACUUCGGAUGGGCUCCUCUGUCUGCAAUGCUACUGAGGGCGGGGGUCUUCAGUUUCAAAUGCGACACUGACGAGAUGGGGGCCUUUGUGAACGACCAGAGGGAGUUCGGCAACAACUACAUAUGCGACAAACAGGAUGCAUCAGUGCAGAGCCUCUUUGUCAUUACGCUAGCGACGCAUUGCACAAUGAGUGCACUUGCCGGUGCCAUGAUGGACACGCUGGGCCCGAAGAUUACCUCUGUGAUUGGUCAGUGUUUUAACAUAAUCGCGUGGUCUAUAAUCGCUACACUGAAGGCAGACUGUCACGCAAGCAUAUAUUUGGGCUUUAUAUUUCUGGGUCUGGGGGCAGACACUGCGUUCUUGCCGACCUUGCUCGUCACUCGCCUCUUCCCUGGAUCAGCUGCGACCGUGAUAGCCCUAAUUGGCUCUGCUUCGUCUGCUUCCUUCGCAAUUCCUCUCAUUUUGGACUUAUAUCUGACCAAAAAUGGCAUUUCUGGGUGUUGGUGGUAUGUGGGCUUUGGCCCCUGCUUGUUCUUGCUGGUAGACGCACUGGCAAUGCCCCUGAAGGCAUUCGAUGUCUUCGAAGCUGACUCUGCGGAAGAACAAGGAGAUGUAUCUAUAGAAGAUAACACACAACUUGAGUGCCUGCAGUUUUCAGACCGAGAGACGGGAAUGUCUGGCUCGGAAACGGACGCAAUGUCUCCCGUCGAGCCCAAGUGCCAACUAGAGGGGAAGGAGCCCGGUGAUGCCUUGAUAAAGCAUGCUUUCUCAAAGACUGUGUUCUCUGAGAAGUACAUACUCAUUGUCACAUAUUUUGUUGCUGUUGGAUGGGUUACGGCUUUCUACCAAGAGGCUCAUGACCGUAUAUUGGAGCCUGCUGCAGAAGAUUUCCUAGGCAGUGCACUGCCCUUUUCGUUUAUUCCGUGCAUCCUGCUUGGCAAGCUUUCGGAGACCAUUGGGAUUUUAGCUGUUAUGGGAAUAGUGAACACGGCAGGGUUGUUGGCCUAUUCCUUUAGCUUGAAGCAAACGCUAGCUAUGGGCGUCUUCUCUGUCUUGUGCUUCACCGUGUACAUGGCGUUGUUCGUGUCUCAAGUGUUUGUGUAUGUGGAAGAGAACUUCCCUGCCAAGUUUUUCGGUCGUCUUAUCGGCAUUGUACAGCUAGUUGGUGGUUUGUCCUCUCUCCUGUGCAGCCCAUUGUUUCAUCUCGUCAGUGUGGGAUCGAAGGGCCUGUAUCUUGUUCAGCUGCCGAUGAUUGGCGUACUCCUCCUAAUGUAUUUUGUCUUAGCUCGCCUGUGGUGCAUCCGAAUGUCACCUUUGAAUUUACGCACAGCGGUGAAUCCCGACAGGCAGCGCCCUGAUUCUGCACCUCAAGAACCCUAA